AUGACUCUCGGCGCGUUGUCUGGCUCUGGCAGCUCGUCGGCGGUCAGCUUCUGCUCGUGUUGCGGGGUCAAAAUGCAGCCUUACUUCACCGGCGAAGCUGUGGUGUCAAAUAAUGAAAUCAACCAACUUAUCAGCGAAAGCUUCCUCACAGUAAAAGGUGCUGCCCUUUUUCUUCCAAGAGGAAAUAGUCCUCCACCAGACUCAGCACCUCAUAUCAGCCAGCGCUGGAACAAACACACAGGGGAUCUCCAGAAACAUCUUCAGACUAUGUUCACUGUGCUGCGGCCAGAGGACACAAUCAGACUAGCUGUGCGUCUGGAGAGUUCUUACCCUCAGGUAACCCGUUACAUGGUGGUGGUAUCCACCAAUGGUAGGCAAGACACAGAGGAAAGCAUUGUUCUUGGCAUGGACUUCUUUUCCUCUGACAGCUGCUGUACAGUGGGUCUCGUUCUACCUCUGUGGAGUGACACACUGAUCCACUUGGAUGGAGAUGGAGGUUUUAGCGUGUCAACUGUCAAUCGAGUUCAUGUAUUCAAGCCAGUCUCAGUUCAAGCAAUGUGGUCAGCUCUUCAGUCGCUCCACAAAGCUUGCGAUGUUGCCCGCUGCCACAAUUACUACCCAGGUAGCCUGUUCCUAACAUGGGUCAGCUAUUAUCAGAGCAGGAUCUCCUCCAACCAGUUCUGCAUCAAUGAGUGGAACGCCAUGCAGGAUGUUGAGUCACACCGUGCCAAUUCACCUGUUCUCUUCACAGACUUGCCUACUGAGAGGGAGCGCACGGAGAGACUGAUCAAAAUGCGUCUCAGGGAGAUAAUGAUGCAAAAGGACUUAGAGAAUGUUACCUGUAAAGAGAUCCGCACAGAGCUGGAAAUGCAUAUGGUGUGCAACCUGAGGGAGUUUAAGGAGUUCAUAGACAAUGAGAUGAUUGUCAUCCUUGGUCAAAUGGAUAGCCCUACAGAGAUCUUUGAACACGUUUACCUGGGCUCCGAGUGGAACGCUUCCAACUUGGAGGAGCUGCAAAACAGUGGCGUUCGUUACAUCCUAAAUGUUACAAGAGAAAUAGACAACUUCUUUCCGGGAAUGUUUGAGUACCACAACAUCAGGGUGUAUGAUGAGGAGGCCACCAACCUUCUCGAAUACUGGAAUGAAACCUACAAGUUCAUCACAAAAGCCAAGAAAGCUGGUGCCAAGUGUCUGGUUCACUGUAAGAUGGGCGUGAGUCGCUCGGCCUCUACAGUGAUCGCCUACGCAAUGAAAGAAUACGGCUGGACGCUGGACGCCGCCUUUGAACACGUCAAGGAAAGACGAGCUGUUACCAAACCGAAUCCUUCAUUCAUGAAGCAGCUGGAGGAAUAUCAGGGAAUUCUGCUCGCCAGCAAACAACGGCAUAAUAAACUGUGGCGCUCCCACUCAGACAGUGACCUAACAGAUCGUCCAGAACAAUUGUGUAAAUCCUCAACGCACUCCCUUGGACGCUCAGACUCCCGGAGCAACAACAAUUCUUCCCCCGCCUUGCAUCACUUCCUGGGAGUUGCGGUGCUCCAAGCUCUAGUUUCUGAACCUGAUGAAACUACCAAAUUGAACUCUGACCUUCCCACACAUUUCAAUGAUGCAGGUGACUCACUGGUUAACGAGUCGGACAAAACAGAUCAUAAUGGUACGCCCACACCUUCCUUGCCUCAACUGCACACAGCCGUGCUUGUCCUGGAAGAAAACAUGGGCAGCACUACGAAUGGGGUCAUCACAGCGACUACCACGACUUCCCAUCCUUCUCCCUUGCUCCACAUUCUCCCUCCAACUCCUGAAGUUCGGAAUGGUCGCCAAGUUGAGACACCAUCAGAAAGCCUAGAAAAGGAACCACUGGAACUGUUUAUUCAUUUUCCUGAGCAAAGCAGCUCCGAGGACCUUUCUCUCAUCACGGCCAUGUCCUCAGACACUUCUGAGCAGUCGCCGUCAGAUUCUCAAAGUGAAAAACCCAGCCCGCCCAGUCUGAUCGGCGACACCGCUCUCCAAUUGCUGCUUUCCCCGACAGAACACAGUGAUGACAACAACAACCCAAAACAGAUUCAAGCCAAAGAAACAUCAGACGGCCGUGGAGAGGCCGACGGCUCGUCAAACCACAGCUCGGACAGCAUUGACUUCUUCAGCGCCAGGGAAAAGUUUCUGGGCUUAGCUCAAGAGGACAAGACGCCGAAACUAUCAGAGCAAAGAACCCCCUCUCUGGAUGGUGACAACAACAUAGGAACUGAGGAAGAUGAGGAGAGUGAACAAGUGACAUCUCAGUCGGUGGACAGCGAUGACAAGCUCAGCCCCGACAUUCUGCAUCAGCCUCCCCACGACAACGGAAUAUCUGUUCGCCAUAUUGUCACUGAGAUCGAAGCCAUUUGCCAGCCAACCACUCCCUUAAGUCCUUUAACUCCUUUGUGUCCGCCCUUGCACUCGGACCCGCAGGAGGACAUGCAACCAGAAGUCUCGCCACGCCCUUUAACCCCUCCCUCGACAACACGGGACCUGCCGGCAGGUUCCGUGCGACGGGCCACUGAGCAGCUCGAGCUGAAGCUGAGGCAGGAAACAGAGAUGGCGACAGCGCGGCGCUCCCCGUGUGGUGAACACCCACCUGUCCGAAUGUCUGAACAGCCAGCCCACGCAAAGGGCGAGACAGCCGUUGACGACGAGGACGUGAGACUGAAUAGCUUAGGAACACAAAGCCACAUGUUUGGUGCUCUCCAUGAGCCUCAAAGCCAUAUUAUCUGUGAUACUCACACAGACUCAUCUCUAAAAACCUUAAGCCCAUCCCAAAGAGACAGCACGUUCCAAAUAAUUCUGGAUGGGGUCACAAUUCAGGAGUCAGAUCCUGAUGAGAACUCGGAGUUCCCGGGCGAACAAAAGGGUUGCGGUCCUGACUGCGACGCCCGAAAGCGCCUGGAGCGAAGCGGCCAGGAGCUGGAGCGGAUUCAGCAAACGUUGAGAGAACUGCAGGCGUUCCUCCUCGAAGGUAGCAGCGUGGAGGCAUUGGACACAAGCGCGCCUAGUGUCGUCACCAAAGAGGAAUCCCCUCCGUGCCCGGAUGCGACAUGGCGGCUUCGACGAAGCGAAAAGAGUUUCUUGCAGGCGGCCGGGUGGCGGCGGGCCGUCGAGCUAGAGGCUCGCAUCCGCCAGGCUGGCCUCACGCCCCCUUCUCUCAUGAAGAGGUCUGCCUCCUUGGCUAAACUGGACUGCCUGGAAUUAUCAGCGAAUGACCUCAGCGACCUUGACCUGAGGCAAGAACCCUUGGCGACGACGGCGGAGGCGCGCUCCCACGACACGUUCACAGCAUCUCCGUCACAUUUGGACGACACUUGGAAGAAGCAGAAAGUUCUUACUCGGAACGGCAGGCCCGAAAAGACACGUUUAUCAAGUGACGAUUUCUCUCCGUCCCCCGAGAGGAGCAAGAGGGAGGACCCGGAUGGCGGCGGGUGUGGCUCGCUCGGAACGUCGCCACGGCAACAGAGGAGGGCUCACUCUUCCAGACGUUCUCGCAAAGCCAACGAGAGGAAGCAGCGCACUGCCGCCGUGCUGCUGUACAACACCAUGUGA